GAUGAAUAAUCCAGAGAAGACUGCUAAUUUCUUAUCAAAGUUUACAUUAUGGUGGAUGAACGAUUUCCUAAAAGUUUGUCGUACUAAAGAAAUUGAACAGAAUGAAUUAUACGAUUUAAAUCCUAAUGAAACAUCUAAUUACCUACAUAGGAUUUUACUAAAGAACUUGGAUAAAUGCUUGGAAAUGAAACCAAUAAGUUCUCUUAAAUUUUUUUAUUAUGUCAUUGUUAAAACUUUUAAAAAUGAUUAUAUUCUUAUGUUAUCCACUUGUGCUUUGGCGGAGAUAUUUAGAACAUCGACACCUGUUCUCCUAUCAAUAUUAAUCAGUUAUUUUGAAGAUGAGCCAAAAGUUAAUAAGACUAUGUCCUAUUUAGUUGCGAUUGGAUUGUUUCUUGUGAAUAUAGUAUUUGGUCAAAUGAAUGGAUGGUACUUUCAUCUAGCUGGUAUAAACGCCAUGAAAGUUAGAUCUGCUUUUACUACAAUUUUGAAGACGAAAAAUGACAGUAUACUUCAGUUGACUUCUGGUAGAAUUAUUAAUCAUAUUUCUACUGAUAUUGAGAUUUUAACUAAAGGAUUAGUGGGUGGUUGCUUUCUUAUUCUGUCUCCAAUAUUUUCGGCUAUUCUGCUCAUAUUAAUAAUAUACGAAACUGGUUCAUUCGCCUUUUCUCUCAUUGGUGCUAUAGCCGCAAUUACAAUUUUUCAAUCGCUUCUUUCAAUGAAAGGUAGUUCAAUAAGAGUAAAGAUUGGUAACGAAACUGACAAAAGAGUAAAAUUUAUGAAUGAGAUAAUUGUUGGUAUAAAAGUUAUUAAAAUGUACACUUUCUUUACUUUAUACCAGCCACUUAUGGUAGCAACACUUCUACACGUUGGAAAUGGACUAAAUUUAAAAACAAAUUGGCCAUUAACUUCCUUCUUUCGAGUAUUCUCCUAUUUACAAGUUUUACAAGUUCAUUGCGGGUUUUACUUACCUUUUGCGUUGUUUGAAUUUCCAACUGCAAUAAAAUCUCUUAGAAGAAUUAAAGAGUUCUUAGAAGAAGCCGAUUUAAAAAAAUUUUAUAAAGAGGAAGAAAACAUUACGGAUGAAACGAUCGAUAAUUCAGUUAUUGAAAUUGCCGACUUAAAAGGAUAUCGAAAUUAUAGAGAAGGAAACAUUUCGGGCAAAGAUAAAAUCUAUAAGAAAAAUGAAAAAAAUUUAAUCCUCCAGGGAAUAACAUUUCAAAUUGAAAGAGGGCAAUUAUUAUUCGUUAUCGGGCAUGUCGGAGCUGGAAAGACGACAUUAAUGGAUGCUUUAUUAAAAGAAAUUGAUAUUGAGUAUUCGAAGAGAAUAAUUGGAGGAAAUAUAUCAUAUAGCUCUCAAGAACCUUGGAUAUUUAAUGGUUCGAUUAGAGAUAAUAUUUUAUUAGAAGAAGAGUACUUUGAAUUAAAAUAUAAUACCAUUUUAUCAUCUUGCUGUUUGAAUGUUGAUAUAAGUAACCUAACAGAUGGAGAUGCUACUUUAGUUGGGGAAAGAGGAUUAAUGCUUAGCGGGGGCCAGAAGGCAAGAAUAAAUCUUGCUAGAUCAUUAUAUAAAGAAGCUGACGUCUACAUUUUAGACGAUCCAUUAAGUGCCUUAGAUGCUAGGGUUUGUCAACAAGUUUACCAAAAAGCUAUUAAAACCUUUCUAGCCGAAAAGGCUGUUAUUUUGGUUACACAUCGUUUGAAUUUAAUUAGAAAUAAGGAUAGGGUUCUCUUCCUUGAAAAUGGCCGUCAGAAGUUUAUAGGAGAAUAUGACGAUUUUAAAAAAACAGCAGUCAGUCUUAAUCAACCAGAAGUAGUAAAUUCAGUCUCAACAAAGAGUCUAUUGUCAAAGAAGACAAAAUCAGAAGCAAAAUUGAAAGAGGAAAAUAUAAAAUACGGAAAAGUUGGAAUAGAUGUUUACUGGGUUUAUUUGAAAAGUGGUAGGGCUCUAAUUGCUAUGCUUGCUUCAAUCCUACUUUUGACCGGCUUUUCUUACAACACCUACAACAAUUAUAGCUUAUUAGAAAUAGUCAGAAAAUCAAAUUCCACUAAGGGAUUGGAUAUGAAUAAAGCCUAUUUGUUUCUAGGAAACAUUUUUGUUAUUUGGCUAACCUUCGCCCUUGGCCUAAUUUCAAUGUCAAACUUUACAACUACGGCCUCUAGAAAUUUACAUAAUAAACUCUUCCAAAAGAUAAUGAUGGCUCCUUGCCGUAUCUUUGAUGAAAAUUCCACUGGUCAAAUAGUUAAUAGAUUUUCUCGAGACAUCGGAUUUAUAGACAAUCUCCUACCAGUCAUUGUCUAUGAUAUAAAUACAGUGUUUAUGGGAAUUAUUACGGCUAUAGGCUUUACUUUUUAUGUCAUCCCAUACGUGGUUAUUGUUAGUGUUUUCCUAUGCCUAAUAUUGGCGUACGUCAUAUACUAUGUUAUAAGAACGUCGAGGCAUGCUAGAAGAUUGGAAGCUGCAGCUAGAAGUCCACUUUAUUCCGCCAUUUCUGAUACUUUACCUGGCUUAAGAACUAUUAGAACUUUAGGCGUUUCUGAUAAGUAUUUAGCAAAGGUUCAAAGACUUUCUGAAGAGCAUACGAAAGCAUGGUACAUGUUCAUCUCAUUAAGUUCAACUAUAAGUCCUUCGCUUAUGGGUUUAGCAGUCAUAAAUAUUCUAAAUAUCCUAGAACCCUUUGAAUUCUUCUUUAGAAUGUUAACUGAAUUGGAGAAUGCUAUGACUUCCGUUGAAAGAAUCAAUGAAUAUACGAAAAUUGAAAGCGAACAUAGCCUUCAUGGUAAACCAGAACUCGAACCGCCAAAAGAUUGGCCUUCAACGGGAAAAUUGCAAUUUGAAAAUGUAGUGUUGCAGUAUAUUCCAGAGAAAUCUCCAGUUCUCAAUGAUAUUUCAUUUACGUUCGAAAAUGGCGAAAAGAUUGGUGUUGUUGGUAGAACUGGAGCUGGUAAGAGUUCUCUGCUGGUUGCAAUGUUAAGGCUAGCCAAAACAUCAGGAAAAAUGAUUCUUGAUGGCAUUGACAUGACUAAAUUAUGUUUAGAGGCAACUCGCAAGCAUUUUUCGGUAAUACCCCAAGAUCCGGUAAUAUUUGGUACAACGUUACGAAAAAACUUGGAUCCUUUUAACGAGCAUAAAGAUACUGACAUUUGGUUAGCAUUAGAAAGAACUCAAUUAUCUCCCAAAUUUGUAAAAGGCGUAGAGGGUUUAAAUGUAGAAUUAACUGAGUCAGGUGCAAACUUAAGCUAUGGCGAAAAGCAAUUAGUAUGCUUGGCUAGAGCUUUAUUAAAGAAAACUAAGAUAUUAAUUUUAGACGAGGCUACCGCUAACGUUGACGAAGAGACUGAUGAAAUUAUUCAAAAAGUACUUAGAGACGCUUUCUAUCAAUGUACAGUUAUUACUAUAGCCCAUCGUCUAAAUACAAUUGUGAAUUGCGGAAGGGUUUUAGUUAUUGGAAAUGGCAAAAUAAUUGAGGAUGGUGAUCCUUUGAACUUGCUAAAAAUCAAUAGUGAAUUUAGACGUUUAGCUGAAUACGACGGUUCGUCUAACGUAGAUAAAUUAUUAAAGAUGGGGGAAGAACUGAGGAACGAUAAUGGAACAGAAUUGCUCAAGGACUCAAUUAGCAACAACCACAAUUCCGACGUAGUUGACGAUACAAUCUUGUAA